UAAAGCCAAUGAGAAUGGCUUCUUCUUGGACGCCUUGCCUAGUCCUGCUCCUGUGCUUGACUUUGAGCAGCGUCCUGCAGGAGCAAGCGGCGGGUAAGCCGGCGGCGGACGACGACUCGGAGCUCCGGCAGAGGUGGAGCAAGUGGCAGGCCAAGUACUCGAAGCGGUACCCGAGCCACGAGGAGCAGGAGAAGCGGUUCGGUGUGUUCAGGGACAACAGCAACAGCAUCGGCGCCUUCUCGGCGCCGCAGACGACGACCAGCGCCGUGGUGGGCUCCUUCGGCGCCCCGCAGACGGUGACCACCGUCAGGGUCGGCAUGAACCGGUUCGGCGACCUGCAGCCCCGCGAGGUCCUCGACCAGUUCACCGGCUUCAACAACACCGCCGCCGUCCUCAAAACCCCUCCCCCCACCCGUCUCCCCCACCACUCCCGCAAGCCCUGCUGCGUCGACUGGCGCUCCAGCGGCGCCGUCACCGGUGUCAAGUUCCAAGGCUCCUGCCAGUCGUGCUGGGCGUUUGCGGCGGUGGCGGCGAUAGAGGGGAUGAACAAGAUCAGGACGGGGACGCUGGUGUCGCUGUCGGAGCAGCAGCUGGUGGACUGCGACAACGGGAGCAGCGGCUGCGCCGGUGGCCGGACGGACACGGCGCUGGACCUGGUGGCGAGGCGCGGCGGGAUCACGUCGGGGGAGCGGUACGCCUACGGCGGGUUCAACGGCAGGUGCAAGGUGGACAAGCUGCUGUUCGACCACGGCGCCGCCGUGGGCGGGUUCAAGGCCGUGCCGCCCAACGACGAGCACCAGCUCGCCAUGGCCGUGGCCAGGCAGCCCGUGACGGCCUACGUCGACGCCAGCACCUGGGAGUUCCAGUUCUACUCCGGAGGGAUCUUCCGCGGGCCGUGCUCGGGCGACCCCGCCAGGGUCAACCAUGCCGUCACCAUUGUGGGAUACUGCGAGGAGUUUGGGGAUAAAUUCUGGAUCGCCAAGAACUCGUGGAGCGAUGACUGGGGCGACCAGGGCUACAUCCUUCUGGCCAAGGACGUGCUCUCCUCGCCCAACGGCACCUGCGGCCUCGCCACCUCGCCCUUCUACCCCACGGCUUGAUAUAUAUAUACCACCGAUUGCUUGCUAGCUUUUGGUUACGUCAAGAUCAUACGGACCAUUCAGAAUGGGGGUGGGUGUGUUAAUUGUUUCCUUUUCGUUUGUCAAAAUACGUGUAUUCU